GCGGUCCACCAACAUGCCAACGGUUAAACCGUUCAUAUGACGUCUCAAUCUCCAACUGCCGCCCGUAUUACCACAGCGUAGUUACAGCCUGUGUUACCGUUUCUGAAACCGUUUCCCGACCGAAACACACCUGCGGAAGAAAAAUCCCACCUUUGUCCUCUCCGCAAAUCCCUCCCCUCCUCCAUUCAAAUCCCUCCCCAAUCCAAUCUCCCAUCACCUCUUCACCCCUCUCUCUCUCUCUCUUUCUCUUUCUCUCUUUCACAUCUGAUCGCCCUCGCUUCUCUCCCCCUCUCUGCCCACCCUCCUCGAUGGGCUGCACCCAAUCCCGGCUCGAACCGGACGAGGAGGUCCGCUCCAAUCUCCAGCCGCGGGCCCCCGGCCGCCGGCGUAUCCAGGACCUCCGCCUACGCCGGAGGCCGCGGGACCGCAAGGGUAGCUUGAUCUCCUCCGCCGAGGUCCUCCCGGAGAGCUCCGAGGCAGCGGACGACUUGCCCAUGCCGGCGCGGGGAACCACCGCUGGUCAUCCUGCCUCCAGCGCCCCGCUGCCAUCGUCCGCGGAGGGCAAGAAGAAGGCCGGAUUAGGGCCGCGGCUUGGAGAGGGAGGGAAAGGGAAAGACGGUGCGAAGGUGGAUGAAGGGGAAGAGGCGCCGGGAUCACCGAGCUUUAGGUUUUAUUUCGAUGAACCGUUGAUCGACCAAGACUCGGCCGUGACCGCAGGCGAGGGGACAGACCAAGGGAAGAUUGAUGAGAAGAAAGAAGAUAGUUUGCAGCCAAGGGAUGAUACCAUCAAAUCCUCGAGUAUGAGCCAGGAACCUGAGAGCAAAUCAUCCAAGAAGGACAAAGGAAACAGAUUUAAGGCUUUGUCAAAGGGAUCCAGUGUUGUAUAUAAUCAGUUGAUGAAUCGAUGAGUAUGAAAGUCCAUCUUGUGUAGGACAGUCUCUACCAAAGCAACACUUGUAUAUUGUGCCUUGUAACAAAUGAAGUUCAGCACCUUGUUCUUAUGACUUUGGAUGUGUUGUCCAAGUUCCAGUAUAAUUAAAUACCUAAAUUGUUCAA